AUGGAUAUUGCUAAGGAGAUAUCAAGUGGGUUCGCAGCUAGUUGUUUGAUAGCUCAAGUGGACGAAACACUCUGGGAUAUGGGGAGGCCACUGGAAGGCGACUGUAAAUUGCAAAUGUUCAAGUUUGAUACCAAUGAAGGCCGUGACACCUUCUGGCACUCAAGUGCCCAUAUUCUUGGAGAAAUGAAUGUAAAUUUGCAGUCUCUUGAGAGAGCAUAUGGCUGCAAGCUGUGUAUUGGGCCUUGCACCACAAGAUGGGAGGGUUUCUACUAUGAUGCUUACUACAAUGAUCUGACUUUAAACGAGGAGCAUUUUGGUGUCAUUGAAAACCAAGCUAAAAAGGCUGUUGCGGAAAAGCAACCAUUUGAACGCAUCGAGGUCAGCAGGGCAAAAGCUCUUGAAAUGUUUGCUGAAAAUAAAUUCAAGGUUGAAAUCAUUAAUGAGUUGCCCGAGGACAAGACCAUUACAGUAUACAGGUGUGGUCCUUUAGUUGACCUAUGCCGUGGGCCACACAUUCCAAAUACUUCCUUUGUCAAAGCUUUCGCUUGUCUGAAGGCUUCAUCAUCAUAUUGGAGAGGAAAAGCAGACCACGAAAGCCUGCAGAGAGUAUAUGGAAUAUCUUUCCCUGAUUCUCGACGUCUCAUGGUGUUGAGCCCAAAUAUUUACAAUAUGCAACUUUGGGAAACUUCCGGACAUGCUGCAAACUACAAGGAGAACAUGUUUGUUUUUGAGAUUGAGAAACAGGAAUUUGGGCUUAAGCCAAUGAAUUGUCCUGGCCACUGUCUAAUGCUUGCUAAUAGGGUCCGGUCAUACAAAGAGUUGCCUCUUCGCAUGGCUGAUUUCGGAGUGCUUCAUAGAAAUGAGCUUAGUGGCGUACUUACAGGUUUGACACGUGUUAGAAGAUUCCAGCAGGACGAUGCUCAUAUCUUCUGCAGAGAGGACCAAAUCAAGGAUGAGGUUAAGGCUGUUUUGGAAUUCAUCAAUUAUGUUUACGAGAUAUUUGGCUUCAAAUAUGAGUUGGAGUUGUCUACGAGACCAGAGAAGUAUUUAGGUGAAAUUGAAACUUGGAGCAAAGCAGAGCAACAAUUGACAGAAGCCUUGAAUGAGUUUGGGAAGCCGUGGAAGAUUAAUGAAGGAGAUGGUGCUUUCUACGGUCCAAAAAUUGAUAUUGGUGUGUUUGAUGCCCUUAAGAGGAAAUUUCAAUGUGCAACCUUACAGCUGGAUUUUCAGCUGCCCAUUCGGUUCAAGCUGGCUUAUUCUGCUAAGGAUGAAGCAAAAAUUGAAAGGCCUGUGAUGAUACACAGGGCAAUCCUAGGUUCUGUUGAAAGGAUGUUUGCCAUUCUUUUGGAGCAUUACAAUGGUAAAUGGCCCUUAUGGCUAAGCCCUCGCCAGACCAUUGUUUGCUCGGUAUCUUCUGGUUCAGUGGAAUAUGCAAAACAGGUUCUUGCCACGCUACAUGAAGCUGGUUUCCAUGUUGAUAUUGACGUGAGUGACAGGACAAUACAAAAGAAGGUACGGGAAGCCCAAGUAGCCCAAUUCAACUACAUUCUUGUCGUAGGUGCACAAGAGGCCGAGACUGGAAAUGUCUGCGUUAGGGUAAGAGACAAUGCCGACCUGGCCACAAUGAGCAUUGAUGGCCUCAUCACACGUUUCAGGGAGGAAAUUGGAGCCUUCAGAUGA